CCAAGAACAGAAUCACACUCUUUCUCUCCCGCUCCUAUUUUCUUGUUUUUUUCCAAUUACGUCUGAAGGGAUACACUCAGAAGUCUUGGGGAACACUAACUUUGAGGAAUGCAAAGCAGCUUAUCAAAGAAACUACUAGCUGCAGGUCUUUGCAUACUGGUGCUAUGGUCAUGUACUGGAAACUUGCAGAAAUUACGAAAAAGGGGUCUGGACCAAAAAGUGCCAGAUAAAUAUGGCCAUUACGAGUAUCCAAACCAGCCGCAGUCGGUGCAGUACCAAAAGACCUACCGCUGCCCCCCGCCACCUCAGAUGCUGCCGGAGCGUGCCUGCGAGGUGCCCAGCUGCAGGUCCGACUCCGAGUGUGAGCGACACAAGCGCUGCUGCUACAAUGGCUGCAUCUACGCUUGCCUGGAGUCCGUGCAGCCACCUCCGGUUCUUGAUUGGCUCGUGCAGCCUAAGCCCCGGUGGUUUGGAGGAAACGGGUGGCUAUUGGACGGCCCAGAGGAAGUGCUUCAGGCCGAAGUCUGCAGCACAACAGAGGAUGGGGACGAGCCCCUGCACUGCCCCACGGGGUACGAGUGUCACAUCAUUCACCCUGGGAACCCUGCAGCUGGGAUUCCCAACCGGGGGCAGUGCAUCAAGCAGCGUGAAAACUCAGAUAGAUGCAGUUUACGACAUAAAUACUUUAAAGAGUACAAAGAUUAUCUGGGUAAGGUGCACUGA